GGGACACCUGGGACAUGGGGCUGUGCUGGCAUCCGGGGUUAGGGACACCUGGGACAUGGGGCUGUGCUGCCAUCCCGGGUUAGGGACACCUGGGACAUGGGGCUGUGCUGCCAUCCCGGGUUAGGGACACCUGGGACAUGGGGCUGUGCUGGCACCAAGGACCCAGCAGGGAGGACCCUUCCAUGUGAGACGGGCACCUGAGGCCAUGCAGAGGAAGGCAGGCAGGCAGGCAGGGGGCACAGGAAAGACUCAACAGGGCAAGGACAGAGAGGUGCACCAGGACUGAGAUCCAGAACCAGCUUUAAUGGUUUAGGCAUGGAGGUGGCACCAAGCCAGCUGGUGAUGCUGGGGAUGUGCUCUCUGGGCUGUGGGGUGACGCUCACAGGCAGAAAACACGGAGAACCUUCAGUCCUGCAGCUGCUGGUGCUGCCUGCCCUGUGCUGAGAGGAGCUGCAGCACUGCCGAGCCCUGUGUCCCCCCACGCUCUGGCCCAUGUGCCAGGGUGGCAUCACGGCACAGCCCUGGGCUGCUCCCAGCACGGCACUGCCAGGCUCCACACCAGAGUGUCCCUGCCCUGGGAAUGCUGUGCCAAGCAGCUGCACGGGAACCAAGAGCUCCACAUCCCAGUUCUGGGGAGUUCAUGGCUCAUGGCAGCUCCUGGAAGAGAGCAAAAAACUCUUCCCAGCCCUGGCAUCACCCUGGGACGGGCAGAGCUGCCCAAAGGGCGGAGGGGAGCUGGGGCAGGGGAUGAAGGAAGAAGCCAAUCUCCCACCUUUCCCUCUCCCCCCUCACUCCUCUGCCCCUGCUCCCAGCUUUCCCUACAGCGUUCCAGCAGCUUCAAGGACUUCAGCAAGUCCAAGGUCAGCUCCCCCGUGUCAAACGAGGAGUUCAACCUGGAGGAGAAUAUCCCUGAGGAUGAUCCCAGCAGCGGCAGUCCGGAGGAGGCCGUGCGGAGCAGCGGGACGAAGCUGGGUAGGAAGUGGCGGGCGGUCAUUUCCCGCACCAUGAACCGCAAGAUGGGCAGGGCGGCUGUGAGAGCGCUGGCCGAGGGGAAGCAGGGAGAGGUGGAGGAGGAGGGGUCCCCGUGCCCCCUGUCCCCAGCCGGCAGCGUGGAGGAGCAGAGCCAGGACAAAGUGCCCCUGUCGUACCUGGAGCAGGACGAGGAGGAGGACGGGCGCCCAGCCCUCGGACGCCAGAUGUCCAGCGGCAGUGACAUUGCCAGCCCUGGCGAUGCCGGGGACAGCCGGCAGCUGGAGGAGGCCGGCCCAGCCUACACUGGCCCCUUCUGCGGCCGGGCCCGCGUCCACACCGACUUCACCCCCAGCCCCUAUGACAAGGACUCCCUGAAGCUGCGGAAAGGGGACAUUAUCGGCAUCAUCGAGAAGCCACCUGUGGGCACCUGGACCGGGCUGCUCAACAACAGGGUGGGCUCCUUCAAGUUCAUCUACGUGGAUGUGAUCCCCGAGGAGACGGUCCCUGCCCGCAGGAGCCGGGGCUCCAGCCGGAACAAGCGCCUCAAGCCCAAGACCCUCCACGAGCUGCUGGAGCGCAUCAACCUGCAGGAACACACCUCCACCCUCCUGCUGAACGGCUACCAGACCCUGGAGGACUUCAAGGAGCUGCGGGAGACCCACCUGAACGAGCUGCACAUCACGGACCCCCAGCACCGCGCCAAGCUGCUGACGGCCGCCGAGCUCCUGCUGGACUAUGACGCAGGCAGCGAGCCCGAGGAUGGUGACACCUCCGACGCCCUGCCAUCGCCCUCGGAGCCCAAAGGGGACAUUCCCCGCGACUCCGGCUGCUUCGAGGGAUCAGAGACCCUGGACGGCAGCCGGGAGGAGGCCGAGCUGGGGGCUCUGUCCAUGGCAGGAUCCCCCUGAGACACCGGCACCGCCGCUUCCCGCUCCGGCCCCAGCGGCGGGGCUGGACUGGAGGGGACGGCUGCUGGAGGGGACAGCCGAGCCCCCGUGGUGGCCCCCGGCUCGGCCCCUGCACCAGAGCCAGAUGCUGGGUGGGCACGAGAUGCCCCAGGACAUUCUGUGUCUGUUUUGACUCUGGGCACACCGGGCACCCCGCUCCCCACCGAGACACCGCAGGCAUUGCCCGCCUUGCCCAGGUUUGCCGGCAGGCUCAGGAAGGGAGCUGGGGAUGGAAGCCGUGUCUGCAGGCACCUGAAGCCUGCCCAGGACACCUUUCCCAGCACGGACACACAGAACCCUCCCGCACCUGCCGUGGGGGACAGCAGGAUGUGAACGACACAGGUAACCCCUGGAAGUGUGAGAUGGAGUCCUGGGAUCGCACGGGGCAGGGGGAAGAGGCAGCUGGCUUGGGGCAGCACAGACACGCAGGGGCUAAGGCUCAGCCAUUUUCAAACCAAUUAAGUUUCCUUCAUUGUUUUAAAAUUAAAAAAAAUAAUAAUAAGAAAAAAAUAAAGAACAUCCAACCCUCA